CCCCCCUCCACCGAAAGUCGGGUUCCCUUCAAUUCGGUGCCUAUCAGGGCGCCUUCGGAGUCGAGAGUCGGGGGGAAAGCGAGCGUGUCGCGUUGCCGCACGGAAGUCAUUGAGCGUGGCAAAGACCGGAGCGCUUUGAGGUCAGCUGUCGACAUUUAAACGCUUGAAGCGCUGCCGGAGCGAAGCGCGCGAGUCCCGCCCCCCCCCUCCUGGCCCAAAGGAAGGCGCGGCACCGAGGGACCAUGUCGGAAAACGGCCCUCGCGCGCGGGCGCCGCUGUACUUGGAGCCGGAGCCCUCGGGAGGGGACCUCGAGGACGACGAGGACAAGGCGGGCUCGGACGGGGGCCGCGUGUACGACCGCACCACCGUGCUCAUCGAGCGGGACCCCAUCCGGCUGGACGAGGAAGGCGAGGAGGAGGGCCACUGCGGGGGCGACGACGACGGCGUGGCCUUCCUGACCGAAGGCGACGAGGAGGAGGAGGAGGAGGAGGAGGGCUCGCUGGCCUUCAUGGCCGACCCCGACGCCAUGACGCAGGGCUACGUGCACCACACCAUCUCGCCGGACCAGAUCCAGUUCACCAUCAAUCCGGGCUCCACCCCCAUGCCGCGCAACAUCGAGGGCGCCACCCUCACGCUGCACUCGGAGUGUCCGGAGACCAGGCAGACCGAGGUGAAACGUUACCAGUGCACGUUCGAAGGCUGCACCAGGACGUACAGCACGGCGGGGAACCUGCGCACGCACCAGAAGACCCACCGCGGCGAGUACACCUUCGUGUGCAACCAGCAAGGCUGCGGCAAGGCCUUCCUCACCUCGUACAGCCUCAAGAUCCACGUCCGCGUGCACACCAAGGAGAAGCCCUUCGAGUGCGACGUGCAGGGCUGCGAGAAGGCCUUCAACACGCUCUACAGGCUCAAAGCGCACCAGAGACUCCACACGGGCAAAACCUUCAACUGCGAAUCGGAAGGCUGCGCCAAGUACUUCACCACCCUCAGCGACUUGAGGAAGCACAUUCGCACGCACACCGGAGAGAAGCCUUUCCGGUGCGACCACGACGGCUGCGGCAAAGCUUUUGCGGCAAGUCAUCACCUCAAAACCCACGUCCGGACCCACACAGGCGAGAAGCCCUUCAACUGUCCGAGCGACGGCUGCGAGAAGACGUUCAGCAGCCAGUACAGCUUGAAGAGUCACAUCCGCGGUCACGAUAAGGGGGCGCCCUUCGGCGUCGCCCUCGCUCGCCCGCUGUCCGAGGAUGCCAACCAUUCGUUGUGCCUCAGCGACUUGAGUCUGAUCUCGACCGACUCGGACCUGCCGGAGCAACUGCGCAACUCGGCGGGCGGCCCAAAAGUGGAGAAGGUGUUUUUUACCACAGCCAUACCGGUGGGCGGCAGCGCUGGCAGCGCCGUCCAGCAGAUCGGCCUGAGCCUGCCCGUCAUCAUCAUCAAGCAGGAGGAGUCGUGCCAGUGCCAUUGCGCCUGCAGGGACGCGGCCAAAGACGAGGCGUCGCCGCCUCCUCCUCCUCCUCCGGUAGCGCCCGCGCGCCAUCCGGCCCCCGCCUGCUCUUCUCCGUGCUGCCUCCCCGCGUCUUCCUCCGAGGUGGGUGAAGUCGAGCCGCGCCCCGCUCGGACGUCGCCGCCGCCGCCGUCGGCGACGUCGCACGGGCUCGCCAACAUGGACGUGUCGGACUUCCUCUCGAUGCGGAGCCCGGACGCCGCCGCCAACAUCGAGGCCCUGCUGCUCGUCGCCGACGACUUCAGCAUGGCCACCGAAGGCGAGCCUUAGACGCGGGCGCGCGCCGCCUCGCACCUCCAGUUGCGUUGUCCUUCUCCGCGGCAUUGCGCAACGUACCCCGCGCCGCACCCGCGCCGCCGUUUGAGUCUUUUCGCGGUCGUUCACUGUUGCGGGGACAAAUGCGGUCCGAGAGGCGUUUUCUUUCCUUGAGGAGCGUUCUUCGUACGAUUCAAAUUGUAUCCGAGUCACGGACGGCGUCCGGCGCGGUUGCGCUGUCUCCACACUGAAUUUGUGAGCGCUGCCGAUUUGCCGGCCCGGCGGGGGCGGAGGGGGGGCACGCGCUCGGAGCCGGCUUUAUUGCACUGAUGGAGACGGAGCUCCCCGCGCAAUCGUCGCGGGCGGCCGCCAGCGCUCGGAAGCCCGUCCAAAAGACGGCAUUCUUGGCAAAUUUGGGCUUCCGUCGCAUCGCUCCGCUCCACAAGUUCAACCUCAUUCGGAAUUGCGGAUUGUCCUUUAUUUAUGUCACGAAAGAUGAAGAGUCUUUUAUUCAUUUAUUCCGAUCAGACAUGCAUUUAACAACAAAAGAGCCUCAAGGCAGCUCACGCCAACUCCGAACCAUUCCAGAUAUGCAGUACGGUGGUAUUAUUCGGGUCCAAAUGUUCAAAUUUACACAUCGUAAUUUCCACAUACGAUGAAUCAGCUAUGCAAUUUUCAACAAAAAGUUUUUCAGUGGCAUGCGCAACAGACGCCCGGGCACCAUAACUCCUUCCUUCCUUGCUCGCUCGCUUCCUUGGUGUCGUGUUUAGAGUAUUUUUUUAUAUGCGUCGCAAACGGUCGGUAGAAAGAGAGAAAAAACGUUGCCACUGAUGUCAACCGCACAAAGAUGGACAAA